GCUACAUUUCACAACCAUGUUGCCAAGAAGUAGAACCCUUCCUAGCAGAAUCCACCAAGGAGUUUUAGAAGAGAGGCAUGAUGUGAGGCACUACUUACAAGUAGAUGUGCAGCCCAAAACCCAAACAGAGUCCGAAGCAUUGAAUAUACAGUCUAACUAUUCCAAUUGCUUCGAUGAUGAUGGUCGCUUGAAGAGAACAGGGACAUUUUGGACUGCAACUGCUCAUAUCAUCACUGCUGUGAUAGGCUCGGGAGUGCUUUCCCUAGCAUGGGCUGUAGCACAGCUUGGAUGGGUUGCUGGACCUAUUGUAAUGCUUCUCUUUGCCUUGACCAAUUUCUACACUUCCAACCUAUUAGCACAAUGUUACAGGACGGGUGACACUGUUACUGGACAGAGAAAUUACACCUACAUGGACGCAGUUAAGUCCAUCUUAGGAGGAAAAAAGGUCAAGUUAUGUGGCGUUAUCCAAUAUGUGAAUCUGUUUGGAGUUGCAAUUGGGUAUACCAUUGCUGCCUCAGUCAGUAUGAUGGCCAUAAAAAGGUCGAAUUGCUAUCAUAAGAGUCAUGGAAAAGAUCCAUGUCAUAUGUCUAGCAAUGGUUAUAUGAUAGCAUUUGGUAUAGCAGAAGUGAUAUUUUCCCAAAUCCCAGACUUUGAUCAAAUAUGGUGGCUAUCCAUAGUUGCAGCUGUCAUGUCCUUCACUUAUUCUUCUGUUGGAUUGGGUCUUGGCGUGGCGAAAGUAGCAGAAAAUAAAACUUUUAAAGGAAGCCUGACGGGAAUUAGCAUUGGCACAAUGACACAAGCUGGAACAGUCACUAGCACACAGAAAACAUGGAGGAGUUUACAAGCUCUGGGUGCAAUGGCCUUUGCAUACUCUUUUUCCAUUAUCCUUAUCGAAAUUCAGGACACCAUAAGAUCUCCACCUGCAGAGCACAAGACAAUGAGAAAGGCUACUAUUUUGAGCAUCAUGGUUACCACACUGUUUUAUUUACUCUGUGGAUGCAUGGGUUAUGCAGCCUUCGGAGAUAAUGCACCUGGAAAUCUUUUGACUGGUUUUGGAUUCUAUAACCCUUAUUGGCUUCUGGACAUUGCCAACCUUGCAAUUGUUGUGCACUUAGUUGGGGCAUACCAGGUUUUUUCUCAGCCCUUAUUUGCAUUUGUUGAAAAAUGGAGUGCAAGAAAGUGGCCAAAGAAUGAUUUCGUCACGGCAGAAUAUGAAAUACCUAUUCCCUUCUUUGGGGUGUACCAACUCAACUUCUUCCGCUUAGUAUGGAGAACCAUUUUUGUGUUGCUUACGACCAUCAUAGCUAUGCUGCUGCCUUUUUUCAACGAUGUGGUUGGAAUACUUGGAGCUUUUGGGUUCUGGCCCUUGACAGUUUAUUUCCCAAUUGACAUGUAUAUCACGCAAAAGAAGAUUGGACGAUGGACUAGUCGGUGGCUUGGACUUCAGUUACUUAGUGUUACUUGCCUCAUCAUUUCUAUAUUAGCUGCCGUUGGCUCCAUGGUUGGGGUGGUUUUGGAUCUCAAGACUUACAAGCCUUUUAAAACUAGUUAUUAAAGGAAAAUAUGACCUUGAGAGUUAUAUACGUAAUAAUAUAAGCAUAUGAUAAUAUAGCAAAUGAUAAUUUGGUUUGUAUAUGCUGAAUGCCUGCAGCUGUAAGAACAGCAGGAUUUGAGAAAAAUAAAAUGAUAGUAGGACAUACCUCAGGUUUAGAGACGUGUCUAUGUGCAAGUAUCACUUUGAAGUGCCAAGGGUAAUUUGGAUCUGUUAGAGACAACGAUUGUACUUUACUUCUACCCUUUGCCAUUUUGUUCUCUAGUCAUAUAUUACUUUUUGUUCCUCCCUUUGGUAUUUCUAGCUUUUGCCAUUUUAUUUCUUCAGUCAUAUUACUUUUGUCGCACCCCUAUUUAGUUCCCUCCGAAAGAUGCAUAAUUGAAUCGAGGUUGCGAGCAACGCGGCUACACCACACAAGCAUAAUUUCUCCUGA